AUGUCGCCCGUAGCCGCCUCCAAAAGCGCUAUCCGCCGCCUCAUCAAUGCCGCUCAGCACACCGCGUGCCCGUGCCAUGGCUGCCGCGCAGGGGGCUCGCAUAACCCCAUGCAUGCGAUCAGCCAGGUGAGAAAGUUCGCUAGCCCCGUGGACGCUCCCCCUGUUGAAAAGGAGUACGCGUUCGAGGUUGCUGCAUCUAACCUGAGGUUCGGUGAGGGUGUGACGCGCGAAGUCGGCAUGGACCUGAAGAACAUGAAAGCUCGCAAGGUUGCCGUCUUCACAGACCCGAUCAUCGCCAAACUCCCGCCAGCCAAGAUGGCCAUUGCGUCUCUGGAAGCACAGAUCGAUCUGCCCUUUGAGGUUUACGACCGCGUGGUGUGCGAGCCCACCGAAGCCAGCUGGCGGGACGCGAUAGCAUGGUCGCGGCAACAUGACUGCAGUCAUUUUCUAGCCGUUGGAGGUGGCAGUGUCAUGGACACGGCGAAGGCUGCGAAUUUGUUCACAGUGUACAAAGAUGCCGAUCUGUUUGACUUCAUAAAUGCUCCUAUUGGCAAGGGUCUUCCGAUUGACAGACAGCUCAGACCACUCAUCGCAGUCCCAACGACUGCAGGUACUGGCUCUGAGACGACGGGUACAGCGAUUCUCGAUAUCACCUCUAUGUCGUUCAAGACCGGUAUCGCAAACCGUGCCAUGAAGCCUGCCUUGGGUAUUGUGGAUACGCUCAACACGCGUACAUGUUCAAGAGAAUUGCACAUCAGCACCGGACUUGAUGUCCUCUUCCACAGCUUGGAGAGUUACACUGCUAUCCCCUAUAAUGAGCGCACGCCUCGGCCCUCCAACCCCAUCCUCCGUCCGGCCUACCAGGGCAGUAAUCCUGUCGCCGACAUUUUCUCCAUGUGGGCGCUACAUACCACAGUCAAGAACCUGCCACGAAUCUCGAAGAACUUGGACGACCACGAGGCUAUGAGGCAGAUGAUGCUCGCGGCUUCCUUCGCUGGUAUCGGUUUCGGAAAUGCUGGCGUGCACUUAUGCCACGGAAUCAGCUAUCCUAUCUCUGGCUUGAACAAGCAGGGCCCGAAGUACAAAUUUACGGGUUACAACGUCGACCAUCCCAUCAUUCCUCAUGGUAUCAGUGUCGCACUCCCUGCUCCGGCCGUCUUCCAGUUCACCGCGCCAUCCUCCCCCUCACGACACCGCGAAGCGCUCGCCAUCUUCCACGGUACGACGCCAUCCGACCCCACCAUCUCUGCCAUUCCUGACGUCGAGAUCGGCGCACAUCUGUACGAGGCCAUCGCGCGCUUCCUCGACAACCUCGGCGUUCCUCGCGGGCUUAAGGCGGUCGGAUACACCAAGGCAGAUGUAGGCAAGCUGGUCGACGGGACGAUCCCUCAGAGACGCGUGUUGGAUCUUGCGCCGGGUAUUGGUGAUGUCGCUGGUGCAGAUGGCCGAGAGCACUUGACGAGGAUCAUCGAAAACUCUUUCGAAUAUUAG